AUGCAUUUGAAUGCUUACCUUUUCGACAAGUACUUCGCAGUUUUCCUCCGCAGUUUUACGUUUUUAUCAAUUUCCCUUUCAGUAUGGGUUCUUGCCUGUGCAAAGAGAAGACACGUCAUAAUCAUGAAAGCGGCAGUAGUCGAGGAUCACGUGGAUGUCGUCGGUCGGAGGAGCGAAACAGAUCACCACAUUCUUUUGAACAGGAGCUUGAUUUCGACGCAGAGAUAA